AUGUACAUAGCUGUGGGGUUGGUGUUGUUAUGUUUCGUGGUGCUCGCUGUGUGGACUACGUGGUUCAGGCAGAAACCUGAUGCACCUCCUAUGAUGCCAGGCUUUCUCCCGAUAAUAGGACAUUCACAUCUCAUUUUUGGAGACCGUAAACAUCUCUGGUACUUCAUAAAACAUAUCAACGAAUUAUCUUUCGAUCAUGGAGGAGCUAUCGAGCUUUGGUUGGGCGCCCAGAGAUUUUAUGUUUUAUCCGAUCCUGAAGAUUGUCUUACACUGGCCAACACGUGCUACAGCAAACCUUACAUCUAUGAUUUUGCUAAGGAUUUCUUAAACAAUGGACUGAUUACAGCUGAAGCCCCUGUAUGGAAAUCUCAUCGUAAAUUAUUGAAUCCGGCAUUCAACCAGCAAGUUCUGAACACAUUCGUUGACGAAAUGAACAAACAAGCUCGAAAUCUUGUUUCGAAUUUAAGCAAUGAAUUGGGCAAGAAGCCAUUCGACAUUAGACACUACUUGGUCAACUUUACACUAUCUACUGUUAGCCGUACUUCACUAGGUCUAACAGCUAAAGAACAGAAGAUAAUAGACCGAGAAUACGCUGAGGCUAUUGAAGAUUUAUUGGCUCUGUACUGUGACAGAGCCCAGAAAGUGUGGCUGCAUAUUAGCUGUGUGUUCAAAUGGAGUGAAAUGAAACGCAAACAAGACAGAUUGACUAAAACCUUGAAGAAUAUCAUUAACCCCGUCAUAUUGAAAAGGAAAUCCGAAAUGAAAACCAUCCCAGAACCUACGCAAUAUGAAUACACAAAUGGUAAAUUCAAACCAGUGCUGGAUCACAUGCUUCAAAUGGCACAUGAACAAAAUGUUUUCUCGGACGAAGACAUCAGAGAACACCUAGACACAUUAGUAGCAGCAUCAUAUGACACGACAUCUUCAGCUAUGACCUUCAUGCUGUUGGUGAUUGCAACUUACCCAGAAAUACAGAGUCGAAUUUAUAACGAGAUACAAGAGGUACUGCAGAACAAAGACGAUGAUUUUACAAAACACGAUCUGCAGAAACUCGUGUACCUUGACGCUGUUGUUAAAGAAUCAAUGAGGGUGCACACUGCUGUCCCGUUCAUGGCAAGAAAAGUUGACGUGGAUGUUAAACUGAAAAACUGUACGCUGCGUGCCAACAGCACUUGUGUACUCGGUGCACAUGCUCUCCACCGCCACCCGCUCUGGGGUCCCGAUGCAAAUGAAUUCAAACCAGAGCGCUGGUUGGAUCCCAGCCGCUUGCCUGAUAAUCCCGUCCUCUUUGCUGCCUUCGGUAUAGGCAAACGAAACUGCAUAGGAAAAUUGUUCAGCAUCCUGAUGAUGAAGACAGCACUAGCACACAUAGUACGACAAUAUCAUAUUUCUGGCAGUAUUCAUAAUAUAGAUUGUGAAUUUGACGUAGUUGUAAAACCGGUAAAAGGUCACCUUAUUGGUUUGAAAUUAAGAUCUUAG